GGCCGAGGCCCCUGCCUGCGCUUCCCGGCUGCCCUCCCAGCCUUCCUAGCAGAGAAAGCUCUGGAGCUCCCAGCCCUGCGGCUCUGACCUGCGCCUCCAUGCCAGGUUCCCACCGGCCUGCCUGCCAGCCCCGGGGGGAGUGACCCUGAGCACGCCUGGAUGGGACAUGCGGGGGAGGGGAGAUGCAGGCCAGACGAGGGUGGGCGGCUCCGUCUCGAUUGGGCAUGUCAGUGGGUAGAAGCCCCCAGUGUGUGCAGCCACCUGCUCCCGCUCCGGCCAGCUGCAGGGUGGCGGCUGUGAUGGCCCUGUCCUCCUCAUCACGAAAUGAUCGUAGCGGCCGCUCCACGGCAUCGCUCCUCGUGCCCGUGGCGCUGAGUGUCAGGCGCUCAGUGCCAGGUCACCCAGCCAGGAAGUGACCAGGACAGAUGUCCGCCUGGGCCUGGCCCCUCCCCGGGGGCCCAGGCUCCUGUCUCCCCGCCAUCCUGCCUCUCCAUCCUUCCUGUUAUCCAGUCUGAUGGGGGAGGCGCCUGCUCCCAGGGUCAGCUCCCCUUCCUCGUCCUCCUCCAGGUCCCAGCAGGUGUGGACUCCUUCCAAGCACAGCCCUAGUGGCCUCUUCACCCUCGCCUGCCUGGCCAGGCUCUGUGGCCCCCGCCCCGGCCUGGUCUCCUCGUUACUGAGAAGGAAUCUGGGAGUUACAGAGGCCCUCUGGCUUCUGAGAGGAGGGGUCAGGAUAGGUGUGCUGGUUCCCAGGGGUCUGCUCUGGAUCCCAGCCCUGCAAUGCCCGCCCCCCGCCCCCUUCCCCCCGCCGCAGGGCCCUGGGAACGGAUCCUGGGGGGCCGUGGCCCCCGGCUCCCCCCCCCACUCACCUUUCACAAUCCGACCGAUGGCGCCACUGAGCAGGAAGGGUGAGCAGGAGGCCACAGGAAGCAGCGGUGGGGAGGGCGGGAGGCCCUGCGGCUGCAGAGAGCCUGGGACCAGGGGCCAACCAGCCUCACAGCCAGCCACGAUGGCGUCGCCCCAGCUCCUGGGGGCCCUGCUGCAUCUGCUGCUGCUCCUGCUGCUGCUCCUGCUCCCGGCCUCAGGGGAGAAGCCCACGGAGGGGCCACGGAACGUCUGCCUGGGGCUCCUCGGGGCCGACCAGUAUGACCCCUUCUUCCUGAGCGACACCGCCAAGUGCUUCCAGAGGUGUCGGCGGCGGCAGAGUGAGUCCUGCAACGUGGAGAAGCUGGAGAGAUACUGGCUCAACUAUGAGAAGCACCUGGUGGAGAAUUUGAAGGGCGAGGUGGACUUGGGUUUCGUCAAGGCUGUGGUGCAGAACCUGAGUGCCGACAGCGCGGAGGACCUGCACUUCUCCCUGAAGCCCUCCAAGGUUCCGAGGCGGAUGGCGCAGGGCAAGGACAAGCCCUCCAACGGAGUCCGACUGCCCAAGAGCCUUUUCCGCUCUCUGCCGGGCAACAGGUCCAUGAUCCGAUUGGCCGUGAUGGUUCUGGACAUCGGUCCGGGGACUGUUUUCAAGGGUCCCCAGCUCAGCCUGGAAGAUGGCAGCCACGUGCUGAACAACCGACUGGUGGGCUUGAGUGUGAGCCAAACGGCUGUCACCGGGCUGGCUGAGCCCCUGGAGAUCACCUUCUCCCACCCACGCCAGCCCCCCAACCUGACCCUCACCUGCGUAUUCUGGGAUGUGACCAAAGGAGAAUGGGCUUCCAGGGGCUGCUUCACGGAGCGCAGGACCGAAGGGACCGUCUGCCUCUGCGACCACCUGACUUUCUUCGCGCUGCUCCUGAGGCCGAUCUUGGACCGGGCCACCGCGCAGGUCCUCACGCGCAUCUCCCAGGUGGGCUGCAGUGUCUCCAUGGUCUUCCUGGCCUUCACCAUUGUCAUGUAUGCUGUCCUGAGGUUCUCCCGGCAGAGGUUCAAGUCAGAGGACGCCCCCAAGAUCCAUGUGGCCCUGAGCGGUAGCCUGUUCCUCCUCAAUCUGGCCUUCUUGGUCAACGUGGGGAGCGGCUCCGAGGGCUCCAGCGCCGCCUGCUGGGCCCGGGGCGCCAUCUUCCACUACUUCCUGCUGGCUGCCUUCACCUGGAUGGGCCUGGAGGCCUUCCACCUCUACCUGCUCGCCAUCCGGGUCUUCAACACGUACUUCGGGCACUACUUCCUGAAGCUGAGCCUUGUGGGCUGGGGCCUGCCCACCCUCAUGGUCAUCGGCGCCGGCAGUGCCAACAGCUACGGCCUCUACACCGUCCGCGACCAGGACAACCGUACCUCGCUGGAGCUGUGCUGGUUCCGUGGAGAAACCGCCCUCCAUGUCACCGUCCACGGCUACUUCCUGGUCACCUUCCUCCUGGGCGCUGUGGUCCUGGCCCUGGUGGCGUGGAAGAUCUUCACUCUGUCAAGCAGCACGGCGGGCAAGCAGCAGGGGCAGAGCUGGAAGGGGGUCCUCACCGUGGCAGGGCUCUCGAGCCUGGUGGGCAUGACCUGGGGGCUGGCCAUCUUCACACCGCUGGGCCUGUCCACCAUCUACAUCUUCGCUAUUUUCAACUCACUGCAAGGUGAGGUUCCCGGGCCAGGGUGGUGCCAGCUGCUUUGUCUACACCAGAGACAGGUGCAUGGCAGGUGGGGAGAGAGGGUGGUUGGCAAGAAGCAGGAUUGCACUCCAGGGGCUCGCAUCAAGGGGGUGAUUUUAAAUACCCAGGGCUCUCCUGAGAAUCCAGGGCAGCCAGGGUGGCUCACUUCCUGGGAGCUGCUACAGGAUCAAGGAUCGUCACCCAAACCGAAGCUGAUGUUUUCUGCAUCCGUAUCCCGGGAGCUAUGUUUGUCCCUCAUCUUCUCCCUGCCGCAACUCCUUCUUUCUACUCUUGCUGCUUGGACCCCCUUCCCCAAGUCCUUGCUCGGAGACCCCAGCAAAGAGGGGAGAGCCGAGAGCGUGAGCCACAGUUUGCUUGCUGCACUUGCUGUCUCUGCUCUCCAAAGAGGUCACAUCCACCAACAGAGAGGGAAAGAGCUCCCCUGUCCUGAGCCCUCGCUAGAAAAACCCAGGCAUUCUAGCCACGGCAGGUGCAAGCCCUCAAGACCAGGGCUGGCUCCCAGAGCCCACGAAGCUGUGUGGCCUGGUGGUUGGGACUAGACAGACCUGGGUUCAAGUCCAAGCUCCACUCACACUCCAGCAAGCUUCCCAACCCCUCUGAGCCUCAUCCAUCUCUCAAGUCAGGAUGAUCCUAGUGCCUCCGCACGGUGAACAGCUGUGAUAACACACGUGGGAGCCCAGGAGAUCCCACCAGGUGCGAACUGUGUUAGCACAAACAGAAAUGACAGCUUGGAAGCCAUCUGAGGCUGUCCCUCACAGAUGACGAACCCUGAAUCCACGUCUGGAAACUCCCAGGGAUUCACAGUUAGGGAGAUCACCCUGUUAUGGCUGCAACAGGGGCCUUGGUAUCUCAGCCUGCAGCCUCCACCCGCCAGGGCUCCGCGUCACCUGUGUCUGUGUCACGCCGUGCUGGCCCUUCCUCCCAGGCACAGGCAGAGUCCUCGGGGCACUUCCGCUGCCCGUCGCCCUCUCCCCAGUAUUCUUAUCCAUCGCAUCACCUCUGGGUCGAUGGCUGUGCUUACUGUAACUGCUCGUACCCUCCACUGCCUCUCUUCCUCUUGCCGGAGUGACCUCACGGUCAUCCUGACCCCAGAGCCAGUGGGGACAGAGGCGCUCUGUGUGUCUGAAGGGUCCUUUGCUCUGCUCUCUCUCUCUCCUGGGACGGACACGGGCCUGAAGGCGCGUCCAAAGGGGUGUGUGAGAUGGGAUUCAAAGAGCAGGUCCUUUUGGCACAAAAAUCACUGGAAUCCACGCCUGCGUGGCUUUUUAUAAGGUGCCGUGUUUUCCAUGAACUUUUUGAAGACCCCCUCCCUGGUGCAUACGUUAUUUCAAGGUCUCUGUUUUUCACUUCCACUAUUUCUGUCUGGCUCUUUUCCAGGAGUGGGUUCGGUUUUGCCUGGGUUUUCUGUACGCUCUUAAAUGUUUCCCACAGUGCUCUUGCCAGCCCAUCCUGGGCUCAGCCAGACCCUCUCCUCGCUGACAGGUGUCUUCAUCUUCUUCUGGUUCGCCGUCCUCUACCUGCCAGGUCAGAGCGCCACCACCUCCUCCUCUGGCACUGCCCGGCUGGACCAGGCCCCCACCUCCUCUCCUGAGUAGGAGCCCACGGUCCUGCCCUGGAGACAGCUCGGCUCGCUGGGUGCCCUUGGGGCGGCUCUUCGCCUCCCUCUGGGCCCCAGUCUCCUUCUCUGUGCCAUGUGGCUGCGGAGUUGGGGGGCUGGGGGUCAGCUUGCACCACGUGGCCUGGAGGAUGCCACCCAGAUCUGUCCAUGGGCUGAGAGCCCACAAACCCGGACUGCAGGAGACCAAGUCCCCAUCCUCCUGAGCCCCUGCCAUCACAGAGAGCCACUUCACCUUCUGCGCUGCCUGUGUCACAAGGCAGCCUCCUGGCCACCGCCCACCUGCUGGUCACAGCACGGGCCUGAACCAAAGAGGGGAGUGCCUUGUUGGCUCACCCCUAAGGAACUCCAGCUCUCCCCGCCUCCUCAAUGCCUCCACAGUCACACCCAUGAUGGCCUGCACCCGAGGGACCUCAGGAAGUCAUCGCGCCUGGGUGACCGGGAUUGCCAAUCCCUCCAGUUGAGAACUGGAUGCUUGUUUGGGGAGCCCUCCUCCCAGGCACCCUGCUUCAGGUCUCUGUCCCACCAGGGCCCAUCUUCAUGGAAGAGACCCCACCAUUCACCGGGCUACCAGCCCACCAGGUGUUUGGGGACACUGACUCUCAGAGGCACCACCUGGUGGCUGUGCCACCUCUAGCCAAGCCCCCAUGCCCCACCACAACGGCCAGGUGAUCUGCUGACCUUGGACCUGCUGUCACCUUAGUAGGUGGAGGGCAAAUGGCCCAGAGCUCUGUGUACAUGCCUCACCUGUGCACCUGCGUGGGGGCGGGGGCCGCCUAGGCAAAGGAUGGGCACCCUCCACACAGCCUGUAGAGCAGGAACCCACCUUGAUGCCUUCUCCACCUGCCCAACCCAACCCUAGCACAGGGCCUGGCACACUUCAAGCCAAAUAUCAGCACAGAUUUUUCAAUAAAUAUUUGUCG